AUGCAUUCGAUUACUAAAUUCAUCUUUAGCAACCAAACAGGUCCUGCAUUCGCACCGGAAGAACGAAACAGGUUGGUGGAAGUUCGCACUCUCCUGGUUGAGGCGCAUCGGAAAGCGCGUGAAAUACAAACCAGAAAUAGUAUUCGCAAUGCAUUGCGCAGCCUUAAUCCAGUACUAUUCGAAAUGGGCGUAAUCGAAGGAAACACAGUAAGGCGGAACACGCCCACCAAAUCUCGCCGUCCGGAAGUCUGUCCAGAGAUGCGUACCGUGGUAAGCACUGAAGAAUCAGAUUUCCCGCAACUGUACAGACCCACCAAAUGUGUUCGCCAACCAGUCCAAAAAUUGGUUACGGUUCUUCUCUACCCGGAAACGAUCGAGGUGGGAUGCACAGUGGUGAAACGAAUACACUCUCUUCAUCCCCAAUUGCCAAUCAUUUUGGCAACGAACAGUGAAGAAGUAUCGUGUGCCCCUUUGGUUGAUCUACGCAUCAUUCCGGAACAGUUCACCGAGCCCCAGACAUGGCGCAUUUUGGCUCAGGAAGCGAGAACAAAGUAUAUAUUAGUUGCACGGAAUAUGGUCACUUUCUCUGAGCAUACGGACAUUGAUAGACUGCUUCGUGUUCUCAAUGACUGGGCAUUGGAUAUAGUAGGUGGUGCGGUUCGUUUGGAACCUGAAGGACAAUGGCAUGCCGGUUGUUAUAAAACCGCAGUGAAAAACUUCACCAUACGAUUCCAACCGGGCUAUGAUCGUUCCGUUCAAUCAUGUGCUUAUUGCGAUUAUAUUUCCUCACCAUUCCUCAUCCGCCGGGCUUUGUUUUUGGAACAUUGGCAAGAACGUUUGACUGGUCGAACACUCCCGUUUGUCGACAUGUUUCUGCAACUGGUCCAUAAAAGUGUACAAUAUCACGGUGUCACCGUUCGAACUAAUCACGUGGUUUCGUGUUUUGAUGUCCUUUUUCAUGUGGCUGGAAACAAUGCGAGUCGUGGUACUGGUGGUGGUGGUGAUCAGGGAUUGAGUGAAACACCCAAAUCCAUUUGGCUUCAAUUGGCCAAACUGUGGAUUGUUUCACGCAUUCUGCUUCCCGGUCCGAUCAAGCACACCUGGAACUGCUCCGAAGUUGAUAUAAAUUGUGAAAAUUUUGCCCAACCCGGUUACGUAAUGCCACCGUGUUGUCUAUGGGAAUUGGCUUAUUGUGUGAAUGCAUUUUUCCAAUUCGCUUUGCGAGAAAACGUAUCCAUCUGCUUCACCUCGGACAGUUUGCUGACUGCAUUAAAAGUGACCGGUGGUUUGGCUCCGUGGACACACGAGUUCGAAGUGACUUGGGACGUGUACCAGUUGGCCACAUUGGGCCGUUUUGUGCAACGCUCACUCGAUCCGUCCGGGGUGUGUACUCUAACCCAGCGGGAAUAUUUGACCAUGGAACGAGAACGUUUUGAGACCUGUGCAAGACACGCUCACGCGGCCUGUUUGCAUCACACGCUCACCUCGUUCAAUUGGCGCAUCCAACUAGCCGGAAGGGCAAAAUUGCUUUGUUCUCGCAAAGGCAUGUUUGUGCGCUCGACACGCGUCUCCAUGCUUGGUCACUGGGUACCGACUGUGUACAAUCCGGGUCGUUAUGUGCGGCAUUUGUACGGCGAUGAUGUACUGGUGCCGUUUGUCACAGUGAAUGACAUCACCGAAUCCGAAUCGAAAGAAAGCGGUCUGGACAUGAAUCCAACUCAACCGUGUUCAGACACACAACCCAAACAUGCUUGUGUCAGUGGACAAUUUGUUCCACACGGAAAUGUACAGUUUCAGAAAAUUAUAGUGUAA